UAAACUAAUGAUUUAAUAUGUAAUUAAUUAAAAUCUUCUAGAAAAUAUGGCGGGAAAUCACGUUGAAUUUUCCUUCAAACUUUGUCCACUAUUUCAACCUACGUAAACUUAUAAAAAAAAACUCAAGGGCUAUUUUCGUAAUUAAACAAAAAAAAUAAAUACAGUCAAAAUACAUAUAUUUAUAAACUCAACUGUAUUAUAUUUUCCUUCUCCCAAAAAGAUAGCUUAAAUUAAAUACGAAUAUUAAUAAUAACCGUAUCUUGUUUUCAAUGUACACCUAAACACGUGGCUUACAUUACCACCGUCAUAACGGUAUUUUUUUAAGUAUAAAUCAAAAACGAUUACGUGUAACGCCGUUAAGCUUAUUUAACGGCGUUAAAACCAAAUUCCCCACUCUCCUUUAAAUACAAGCUUUAUGGGUUUGGCGUAGAGUAGCAGAGUUCCAACAUUUCCCCAAAAAAGAGAAAAAGAAAAGAAAUUUGGAUUAAUUGGAUUGACUGCUCCUUCUUCCAAUCCAUAUUCGAAUUUCAGAUUAUUUGAAUCCGAGAUUUUCCAUAUGCUUUGAGAAGAAUUUAUUAUUAUUAUUAUUAUUAUGCCGGAAUUAAGUGGAUUUGAUAUUACCGGCAACGGCGAUGUUUCAUCAUCGGAAAAGGUGUUGUUCGGGAAAUACGAGCUCGGAAAGCUUCUCGGCGUUGGAGCCUUCGCGAAGGUUUACCAUGCGAGAAAUAUUCAUACGGGACAGAGCGUGGCGAUCAAAUCGGUGAGCAAGACGAAGGUUGAGAAAGCGAGCUGCACGGCGCACGUUAAGAGAGAAAUCUCUAUCAUGCGCCAGCUUCACCACCCUAACAUCGUGAAGCUUCUAGAAGUUAUGGCUUCGAAGACGAAGAUCUAUUUCGUUAUGGAGUUCGCUAAAGGAGGAGAGCUUUUCACGAAGGUAGCGAAAGGAAGAUUCAGCGAAGAUCUCAGCCGUAGGUAUUUCCAACAAUUGAUCUCAGCCGUCGGUUACUGCCACUCGCGUGGCGUAUUCCACCGCGAUCUGAAACCCGAGAAUCUCCUCCUCGACGAGAAUUGGGAACUUAAAGUCUCGGAUUUCGGGUUAAGUGCGGUUUCGGAUUCGAUCCAAUCCGAUGGGUUGCUCCACACGCUUUGCGGUACACCUGCUUACGUGGCACCAGAGAUUCUCUCAAAGAAAGGUUACGAUGGUGCCAAGGUGGACGUUUGGACAUGUGGCAUAAUCCUAUUCGUUCUCACCUCGGGUUAUUUGCCGUUUAACGAUCCUAACUUAAUGGUGAUGUACCGGAAAAUUUACAAGGGAGAAUUUCGGUACCCGAAGUGGACCCCACCCGAUUUAAAACGGUUUAUUUCUCGGUUACUUGAUAUAAACCCGAAGACGAGAAUAACCGUAGAUGAAAUAAUCAAGGACCCUUGGUUCAAAAAGGGCUAUAGAGAAAGAAAAUUUCACAUGGAGGACUUAUCAGCAAAAGAUUAUUUUAUGGGAACCGGAGAGAAUAACAUCAAUAAUAUUAAGAGCUUUAAUGCUUUUGAUAUAAUAUCACUUUCCUCCGGUUUCAAUCUCUCCGGUUUGUUCAGUGAUUCCGACGAUGUAUCGGAAAGCGAGGAGCGUUUCGUGUCGGCGGAGACUCCCCGGAGAGUGGUGGAGAGAGUGGAAGAGGUGGCUAGAGGGGCAAAUUUGAGUGUGAAGAGGAAUAAUAAUGAUGAUGAUUGGUGGGCUAAAUUAGAAGGGUAUAAUGGUAAUUUCGUAGCGAGAUUGGAGGUACACCGGUUAACGGAAGAACUGGUUUUGGUUGAGUUUAAGUUGAGGGAAAGAGAAGUUGGAAUACUUGGCUUAAAAAUUUGGAAAAAUAAGCUGAGACCUAAACUUGAAGAUUUGGUUUGUCAACCGGAACAGUCGGUCACCGGUAACUAAUUAAGGUUAUAUUAGUCAUAAAUCAUAAUUAGAGAUUACUCAACAAAAAAAAAAAAAAACUCAUCAACCACUGUUUAUAUUAUUUUUAAUUUUAUUUUCAGCUCCUGUAAAUAUAAUAUAUUAAUAAUCCGGGUUUACUUAUUUUUAUUAGUUUUUUCCCGGAAUUAAUAUUACUCAAAAUUUAGAAAAAAAAAAAAAAAAGUUAGGUGGAAAAUUGUAAGGGCAUUGCUAUUAGUACUUAGUAGUGUAAUUAAAGUCGGUCCUGAAAUUGGGUGGAACUUAAAAAAAAAAAUAUUAGUCCCUUUAUUGAAAAAUAUGUGCUAUUUUCAAAAAUAUUAAUCUCUUAGAAAAUUAUUUUUUGGGGUCUGAGUUUGGUGGGCUUUAGGUGCGAGCCUAGCUCGGUCUUGUGCCUAGCAUCAUUCAUAUGAUAUUGUACUAAUAGCGAUAUGAUACCUUGGCUAGUAUCAUAUAGCAUUUCUCAAAUUGUAAACGAAUAUAAAUAAAUUUUAGUUCUUUUC